AUGUUCCGACAGAUACUCGUGUGCGAAGAAGACCGAGAUUUACAACUGAUUCUGUGGAGAUCAGAUCCAUCGCAACCAGUUCAGAUCUUUAGGAUGAACACGGUGACAUAUGGCACCGCAUGUGCACCUUAUUUAGCCCUCAGCUGUUUGGAGAGAUUAGCGAUAGAAGAACUGGAAAGGUUUCUAAAGGCAACCUUGACGGUCGAAGAGAUGAAGAUGUUUCUCGAAAUAAGGUUGAAGAUCGAAGAGCUGAAGAAGUUCCUAAAAGAAGCAUUGGACAAUGAGAAAUCGGAGUUUCUACAAGCAAUCCUGGUCUUGCUAGAAGAUUUCUACAUGGACGAUGUUUUGUCUGGCGCAAGUACCAUAGAAGGGGCCAUAGCCUUGCGACAGCAGCUGUCGGAGUUAUUGCAACGGGGACAGUUUCAGCUGCGGAAGUGGCGUUCCAAUGAUCUACGUAUAUUGGAGGAACUACCCGAGUCCAACGACGAUAACAGCUUCCUCAAAAUAGACAAGGAGGGUGCCAUGAAAACGUUGGGACUUCUAUGGGAUGCCCAGUCAGAUGUUCUGCAAUACAGCGUGUCGAUAGAAGAGAAUUCAAGGGUUACCAAGCGUCUGGUGCUAUCUCAGAUAGCUCAAAUAUAUGACCCCCUUGGCUUGCUGGGACCCGUUGUCAUCAUUGCGAAAUGUAUUAUGCAGUCUCUAUGGCAAAUCAAAACUGGUUGGGAUGAAGUUCUCCCAACGGAGUUAGAAGCUACAUGGAAGGAGUACUAUAGAUCGCUGCCGCAAACCAACGAGUUGAAGAUUCCGAGAAACAUCAAUCCGGGAAAUGUGAGCAAUCAGUUCGAUCUCGUAGGCUUUGGAGAUGCCUCAGAAAAGGCAUAUGGAGCCGUGCUGUAUGCUGUUUCACAAAGGUCGGGAGGUACCUUACAAGCGCAUUUAAUUUGUUCGAAAAGCAGAGUCGCACCUUUGAAGACUAUAUCACUACCAAGACUGGAGCUUGAUGCGGCGCUGCUGUUGACUAAACUGACCGAACAAGCAAGAAAGGCUUAUGGUGACAGGAUUCGAAACGUGUCUUUAUUUAGCGAUUCGACGGUCGUUCUCAAUUGGAUAGCAGAGUCACCUAACAUUAGGAAGACAGGCAUGUCAGUGGAAAUGUGGAGGACCAGUCAGUUAUGGUGGCAAGGGCCUGAGUGGCUCGUCACCGAUCGAUGGCCUGAACAACCAGAAAUCUUAGGCGAUACGUCCGAGAUGAAGAUCACUUCACUAAUCGCCACCAGAAACGAGGAGUACGACAUCCUACGAAGAUUUUCAGACUAUGGGAAGCUUCAACGCAUAGUCGCUUAUUGUCUGCGUUUUAAGGCAAAUUUACUUGGCGCAAAGAAGAGUGGCCCUUUAACGCCAGCCGAAAUAGAGCAAGCGGAAACUAUCAUAUUGAAGACUGUCCAGCAAGAAGUUUUCCUGAAGGAGAUGCGGGCUCUCGAACAGCAGCAAUCGAUUCCCAAGGGUAGUAAGUUGUCGUCCCUCAGUCCUAUCUUGGAUCAGGAAGGAAUCAUAAGGGUAGGUGGUCGGUUAUCACAGGCCGACAUUCCCGAAACUCAGAAGCAUCCAAUAUUGUUGCCAGCCAAGCACCACGUUACAACUAUCCUCAUGAGGAAGGAGCAUCUCAGGCUUCACCAUUGCGGCCCGGAGCAGUUGCUCUACUCAACACGUGUAAAGUAUUGGCCUUUAAGUGGACGACGAGAAGCAAACAAGAUUACGAAGAGUUGCAUAAAAUGCUUUCGAGCUAAACCAAGGACACCUGAGGUCUUCAUGGGAGAUCUUCCUGAGGAUCGAGUCCGUCAUAACAUGAGACCAUUCACCACAGCGGGCGUAGACUACGCCGGGCCAUUGCAGGUACGAGAGAGUCGCAGGCGGGGAAGGAUUCACAUCUCGAAGGCCUGGAUCGCCGUGUUUACCUGUUUUGCCACUAAAGCCGUACACAUAGAGCUAGUGACGGAAUUAACUACCGAGUCAUUUCUAGCUGCAUUAAGAAGGUUUGUGGCGAGAAGAGGAAUUUGCUCGAAGAUCGUGUCCGACAACGGCACUAAUUUUGUCGGAGCUGCGAGAGAGCUAGCAGAAGUAUACGAGUUUCUUCGGAAGGAGAAAGAAGCCAUAGCCACAUACUUGGCUCGUCAGAAAAUCGAAUGGAGGUUUAUUCCUCCUCGAUCUCCACAUUUUGGAGGUCUUUGGGAGGCCGCUGUCAAGGCUACCAAGCGUCACCUCCACACUGUCACGAAGGGUCUGGUUUGGACGUUUGAGGAAUACGCAACGCUGCUCGUGGAGAUAGAAGCAAUCCUGAAUUCAAGGCCUCUCACUCCCUUUUCCAGUGAUCCUAACGAUUUAUUGGCAUUAACCCCAUCUCAUUUUCUUACAGGGGAUUCAUUGUUGUUUCCACCAGA